CAUUUUCUCCUAUUCUCCUCUCACUCUCUCAAGCUUCAUUUCCUUAAACAAAUCAAAACCUUAAACCUUAAAUCAUGUAUUCAUCGUACCGUUCUUCUGUUGCAACUCUAAAACCUUGUUACAUUGAACAAGACGACGGUUUAGCUUCCUUAAAAAACAUGGAUGUUUCCGGUCAUGCUAAUAGUUUCGUUACGAAAUCAAUGACUAUGAUUACCAUGGGUUAUUCUUAUUCCAACCGAACUAGUUUAAGGAACAUGAAUGUUUCUUCACCUAGAUCUGGUGGAAGAUUCUAUGAUACUAGAUUUGAAGAUCAACAACCGCACUUUCUUGAAGCUUGUUCUCUUUGUAACAAACCACUUGGUCACAAUAAAGACAUCUUCAUGUAUAGGGGUGAUACACCUUUUUGUAGUGAAGAGUGUAGACAAGAACAAAUAGAGAUAGAUGAAGUGAAGGAGAAGAAUAUGAAUCUUGCUUUAUCUAUGAAGCAAAGAAAAGCGAGUUCUUCAAACAAGGUUCAAGGCCAAGAUUAUUCGUUUCGUACAGGGACAGUUAUUGCAGCAUAGUUGGUGGUUGAAAAAUAUCUGAAAUAAUUAUUAGUAACAGAAAAGAAGCAAAGAAAAGAUUGAAGUUUUUAACUUUUUCUUUGCAUGAACAAGAGUCAAGAGAGAAGGGAUCAGUACAGAGAAUGUAACUGUAAAUGGUUUGCGUUUGGAAAAGUGUGUUUGCUUGUUUUGGAAGAUCUCUUCAAUGAAGUGGCUCGGUUUUUGGGUUUGCCUUUUGAUUUUUAGAUUAAGGUUUUGAUUUUGCUGCUUUUGUAGAUUGUGUUCUCUUGUGAUUUGUAUAUGGUGGUUGUGUUGUUUCAGUUUUUUUUUUAAGAUGAAUGAAACUGAAUACAAUGGAAAAUUUCUUUCAAUUUUCUCUUAUCUAUCAUAUCAAUGGUUUGAUUUCAAUCAGUGGGUGGUAAGAUUUCAAUCAAACAGUUUAUGAUAAAAUUGGUUUCACCAAACAAACACCACCUCAUCCCUCUCCAAAAUUUGCAGCAUAUGCAGAAACUUUGGAAUUGCUAUAAACUAUUCUUUGAAAAUUAUCA